AUGACAUCCUGGGGCAUCGCCCUGGCCCCUACCCAGCGUUCCGCUGGCACUGGAAGGAUGUUCUCUCGUACCGUUGCCUUCUUCACGGAACUUCGCAGGAGGGCCAGGGACAAGGACGAACUCGGCAAGAGGUUUUUCUGCGUGCUCGACUCCCUGAUCUCCUUCUAUGUGCUGGGCAAAGGACGAUCGUCUUUAAAGAGGUUAAAUAGAGUCAGCCGCCUGAUCCCCAUGUGCCUAUGGACCAUCAGCAAGGGGAACUUCUCAGAUGGUACGUCUUACGAGAAUGCAGUGGCUGCUCUGUUUCAAUACCUCAACGUCCUAUGGGGCAGGCUGCCUCGCACUAUGGCAGAACUGGAUGAGGAACUUGCAGAAUACAUCAAUCACCUUUACCAGGAGGGUGAUGCGGUGACCGUGGCAGGAUGGACGCUUAGUGGCCUGAAGCGUUUCUAUCCUCGCUGCAAGCCUCAUCUUCUGACCUCCCAGCUUUUUCUUCGCAACUGGCAGAGAGUACCCCUGCCGCAAAGAACCUGCCCGAUGACAUGGCUGGGGGCCAGAGCUAUGGCUGGAGCAGCUUACAAGGUUGGGCGACCAGACCUGGCUCUUUCAAUCUUUUUGGGCUUCGCUUUCUUCUUGCGAACUAUGGAGCUGCUUUCGUUAACGAUUCGGCACCUUCACAUCUUCCCGGAGGAAGGUUGGCGCAAAAAGGGUGCGGCCGGAGGAUCUUCCUACGGGAGAGAGGCCCCAGGGCCAGGAAAGGCGCUGUACAGAAGUUUGCAGUUUCAUUGCGCUUUGCGCCAACUGGAUACCUUCCAGCUCCUUCGGGAUAAAAAGAGUGUCACCGCUGUGAAUACUCCCAGUGCCCAGCGCAGCUUUAGCGGAGUGCAGCACGCUCUUUUCACAGAUGCCUCGCUCACGCAUCGAAACUUUUGGGCUCGCCUCCACCUCCCCGCCACCGCGCAAAAAGGGUGCGGCCGGAGGAUCCUCCUACGGGAGAGAGGCCCAAGGGCCAGGAAAGGCGCUGUACAGAAGUUUGCAGUUUCACUGCGCUUUGCGCCAACUGGAUACCUUCCAGCUCCUUCGGGAUAA